GCGCACUUCUGACGGGUCGAUCUCCGCUGUGCAUUCGCCGCGAUGACAUGACAGGAGUGCCAGUGGCUCCAGGGGUAGCCACGGCUCGGUUCACUUUCCGACGACGCCACCUGUAUUGGUCGGUCAUCUUGGGGCCUUCGAUGACACCUCCGAGGGCUCUAUCGUUUUUGGACAGAGGGGAGAGAUUAUUGCUUGAGCAUCCUUUGAAAAAGGCCAAAGGAGUCCACGCGACGUAUGAAGAAAAAACUGAGAAGUUGUGUGGCGUCUGGCGCCGGGUGCCUCGCGAGUACAAGCGGUUGCUCCGCGAGGGUUCCUUAUACGUGGCUUUGAUAUGGGGUGAUGAAAAGAACAACUCCAUGGAUAGCACUUUGAGCGGUCGCAUUAACAGGUAUCCGGCACUAUCCACGGAAAUGUUUACAUCACUCCUGGAGCCCGAACAGCCACCUGCAGUCUUCGCGAACGGAGCUUGCGACGACGUUCGCCUGCCUGGCCAAGAACCUGGAUGGUGGGGUGGGACCGCAGUAGUUACUGGUGCCGCUGGAGCAGCGCCCAGCUUACACCUAGCUCUGAUUUACAACGGAGUCUUCCCGCCGUCUGGCAAAGAUCAUGCUGUCAGGUGAUGCUCACACUGCCGGAGAAAAAUCAGACUAUUAUAGACGAGAUCCAACCUGUACCUAAACCAAGCUACGAGAUAAACGUCCUUGAAGUAUCAACUCCGGUAUCAGCAGCAGAACUACGCUCACUAUCACGGGGCCGUCUACUUCUGACUGUAGAAGCGGAAGGAGCCCCUGAGCGCCGCAUUUCAGGAAGCGUCAGGCAGAGAGCUGCUUGCGAGGUGUUCCAUUCCCCACUGUUGGCAGAAAGGGCACCCGCCUCUCUUGCUCCUGAAGGCAUGGCUGUGCUGUAUAUUGAUAAGGAGGGAUCUCUUGG